ACUACAGACGCAGGUUAGACAGUACUCGAUCUUCCUGUGGAAAAGACGGGGCAGCUUUGGUCUCAGAUGGGUCUGCUUGGGAACUGAUCGCGGAGGAAAAGAGAAACAUUCCUGCGAAAGUGCUUGUUAGUCUUCGCUGUUUCGUCGCGGCGGCGGUGGUAGAAUUCCUUAGUUUGAACAGACUCUGCAGGUUUAGGCCUUCUGAAUCUCAGAUGUUGACCCUGUUCUUGCUCUAGGCAGAUCAGCAAAAUGGAGCUGCGUACUCAUGUACAAUGCAGUAGGCCUAUACAGUAUGUGAAAAAUACAGCAAUCUCCUCACUGGAGAUCUGCAGAUGGGUCAGGGGCUGUGGAGGGUUGCCAGAAACCAGCAGUUGCAGCAAGAAUACAAUGAACAGGGCUACCUUCCAAGGGAGCGUGGCAGGAGAGCAGCUGCUGCCGCAGAGAACCUGAACCACCGCAGGCAAGGCCCAGGCGGCAUCGACAUCUAUCAGCUGCUGAAGGCUAGGAAAUCCAAGGAGAAGCAAGGUUUCAUUGACUUGGAAAUGCUCCCGCCUGAGCUGAGCAUUACCAUCCUAUCGUACCUGAAUGCUACUGACCUGUGUCUGGCUUCGUGCGUCUGGCAGGGUUUAGGAAAUGAUGAAUACCUCUGGCAAGGGUUGUGCAAAUCCACAUGGGGUCACUGUUCCAUAUACAAUAGGAGACAUCCUCCAGGCUUCUCCUACAGGAAGCUGUACAUGCAGUUAGAUGAAGGCAGUCUAACCUUCAAUGCUAACCCUCAUGAGGGUAUUAGCUACUUUAUAUCAAAAGGCAUAUUGAAUGACCAUCCAAAAGAAGUUGCCAAGUUCAUAUUUUACACAAGAACGCUACACUGGAAAAUGCUACGGAUAUAUCUUGAUGAAAGGAGAGAUGUCUUGGAUGAUCUUGUUACUUUGCACAAUUUCAGUAACCAGUUUUUGCCCAAUGCACUGCGGGAGUUUUUCAGACAUAUCCAUGCACCAGAGGAACGUGGCGAGUAUCUGGAGACUCUCAUCACAAAGUUUUCACACAGGUUUUGUGCAUGUAAUCCUGGGUUGGUGAGGGAGCUUGGCUUAAGUCCAGAUGCAGUCUACGUACUGUGCUACUCCUUGAUUCUGCUGUCCAUCGACCUGUCCAGCCCACAUGUGAAAAAUAAAAUGUCAAAGAGGGAGUUCAUUCGUAAUACUCGACGUGCUGCUCAGAACAUCAGUGAGGAUUUUGUCGGCCACCUCUAUGAUAAUAUUUAUCUUAUCGGCCAUGUGGCUGCUUAGUAGAACUAAUUGUUGCACUUAACUCAUGAGUAAAUAUCAAUGACUGCACAAAAAAAGAGUAAUUCUACUUUAGAAGAGGGGUUGGAUUAGUGCUGGUCAUUCUAACCUCUGUUGUAACAACAUAACUGAUUGUAUACUUUAAUAUUUCAUAUGAUUUUCACCAUCAGGUUAUGCCUCUUGAAGAUCCCACUGUGUGUAACAUUUGAGGGCUUUCCAGUGAAUCAAUUUUGAAAUUUGACUAAACUCUGAGAGUAAAAUUGUAAUAUCCGGUAAACAACCAAUUUAGAAAAUAACCUUAUUUUUAAUAUGUAGAUAAGGUUUGCCUACAGUUGCCGUAACUUAAACUAGUCCUCACAUAUGCACAUUAUGAAGUCCGUUAUCGAACAACAAAUUAAAGUUCACACAUGGUGUGGUUCCCCAGCUUGGCAUUGGUCUCUCAGGUCUUGGACUUUGCUCUUAGACACCUUUUUCAACCACCUCCUCCUGCUUUUUUAACAAUAAAUAUACUUUUUAAUUUUUCAGAUAUUACCACUGACAAAAAAAAAAAGGUGGUUUUAUGUUAAGCUUUUUCAGAGUUUAUUUUUGUUUGUUACUGACGAAAUGCAUAUACAGUAGUUACAAAAAGAACUUACCGAGCACAAGGAUCCCUGGGCAGAAUUCUGAAUGUUUUUCUUUUGUUGUAUGUAGCUUGGCAGAAUUCAUGGAUAUAAACGUCUGUGUUUAAUAUCUUGGACUAACAACAACAUUUUUACAUGGCUUUGUACUGGAUAUCCUGUUUUUACUUAAUGGCAGCUCAUAUGCUUCUUACACUUACCUUCAGUGCACUUCUAUAGCAAUUACAUAGUUUGCCAAGCAGCUUGUCAGGUGAGGUGUUGUAAAAUCAUGCUGUCCUAUUCUGAUGGGGGCAAUACAGCCUACAGUAUAUUUCUAAAGGACAAGCAGGUGGUGACUAUUUUUACCAGAUGAAGACUAGUGAUAUUCCUAGACCUGUUUUCCAGAAACAGUGUUAGGAAGUUAAAAAUCAGUGAUAACAGGGGCAUGCGAAACUGCUGGGUUUACUCAUGUGUGUUUUAACCUAGUGUUAGAACCACUGAAUAAAAAUCAAUUAAUCAACCACUCUGUGUGAUCACAGGAAAAUGUAAUUGCACUUUAACUGCUGUGUCCUUGACUUUUAUGGGAGGAACAGGCUUUUUUGUGAGUCUUAGAUUCAGUAAAAAGGCCUCUUUUUAGUAUAGAAAAGUAUUU